AACCCUAGGAAUUGCUCUAUCUAUAUCAGAGCGCCACGUGUCAAUCGCCCCACCCCCGUCUUUGGAUUUCCCUCAUAUACCCAAACCAUCCUUCCCUCUCCCCCUCCAAACCCAAAUCUCUUCCCUUUUGAGAGAGAGAAAUUUGUACUGUGUUAGAGAGAGAGAGAGAGAGAGAGAGAGAGAGAGAGAGAGAGAGAGAGAGAAUGGAGAUGAAACGGAGUAAUGUCUCUCCGACGUUGUUCGACGACGACGAGAUUGAAGUUGCGAACAUUCUGCUCGAUCUCCGGAACCUAAUCCGACAGUCCGAUGUUCGCUUGAAAUUGCGCGGUUUUACGCUCAGUUGGGGCUGUAAGCGGCGGAGAUCUAACACUAACCGGAGCGCUACCGUCUCUCCUCCGCCGCCGCCGCCUCCUACCACCGCCGGCGUCAACUCGCCUUCUCCUUCACCGCCGCCGCCGGAGGAUUCUCACGCAGACCCCGAAAUUCCGGCAAUUAAAACCGAGGUCUUAAGCCCCGCCACGCCGCUCUCCUUUUCCCCCAGUGAAUCAUCUGAUGAGAAACCCGUCAUCGUCUCUUCACGCAAACACUCCAAGAAAAGGACUAGAGAGGAAUGGAUGAAGAAUCUUGAUGAAUUAAACCAGUGCAAAGAGGCGCUUAUUGGGCAAUUGGAGACUGUGAGGGCAUAUUACAACAAACAAAUGGCUUACAAUCUGGAGCUGAAAGCAAAGAAACAAGAGAUACUGAGUAUAUCGCAAAAAGUUGAAGAGCCUAGUGGGCCGGAUACAAGGGCAGGGCAAGGGUAUCCGCAAUAUGAAAACCCAAUAAUUAUCGAUCCAUUGGGCCAAAGAUAUCAAUAUCAGUUUGUGCAGAACGGCCCAAGGCAGGAUUUGGUCUCAGCCCAAAAUGGGAUGGGCUACGUUUUAGGCCCAAUUGGGAUUCCGGAUCUGAACGUUUCUCCAGAGGAGACUCUGGUGGUGGGGUCUUCGCAGCCGUUUGAUGUUCAGAGAAUGGAGGGUGGUGAUAAGAAGACCAGAUACGCGGAGGCUCGGAGGAACAGAAUGGUUAAGAAUAAGUUGAAGAUUAAGAGUGGGUCCCAUUCCAUAACCCUUCCAUGCCGAAGAUGAUAACUGCAUUUUUUUUUUUUUUCAAUUUAUUGUUUUCAUAGGGUAGUUUGCCUUAGUGGCUAUUGGCUUAUUCUCUAAGUGUAAAUCAUAUGAGGUUUUGGGAAGAUUUUUUGUUCAAAAAUUUUGCAGAAGUUGAUGCGACAAUGUUGUAUCAUUUGACUUAGAAAUGAAAAUCAUUCUUUAACUAUAAA